CCAAGAGGUCGUUAGGCAAAAAAGGAGAAGAAGAAGAAGAGAUUAUUUAUUUAUUCAUUGUGAGUAUUAUUGUUGUAAGUGUUUCUCCAUCCUUUUUUUCUUUUUUUUUUUGCUGAUUUUUGUUUUCAUUUAUUACUUCACCAAGGUUCAUCAAUGCGUUAAUUUUGUAAAGAAAUUUAUGAUUCUUUGAUUUAUUUUUUUUUUCUCCACUUCGAAGUUCCACUAUAUUGCUUAAGCCUCUUAUAUUAAAAGUUGUUAAAUAUUUUAUUUGUUUUAUAUUUGAACAAAUAAACCCUUGUUUUGCUUCUUACUUUCAACUUCAAAAUAUCUAUUUUUAUUAUUGCUACAAGCGCUACAUAUUAAUUAUUUAUGCAAUCUGUGUAUGGCAUUAGUUUUCACACUCAAAACAUAUGUUUCGUUGUUUUAUGUGUUCGUUAAAUAUUACCUAAUUUUUAUAUUAUCGGUUCGUUUUCUUCCGUAUAUUUAUCCGAUCGUUUAACACCUGAUCUUACAUAAAAUUUAUUGUGAGAAGACCCCACUAUGUUGUGAUUGUUUGUCCAAGAUUGAGCAGCUGGCUGCUGUCUCAUUCUAGGCACGUUUCUGUUGCCAAAUUAUCGGUAAUGUAUGUUUCGUAACACUCUCAAACCAUGUGCAACACUUUUUCCGUAUCUGUAAAGAACCAAAUAUAACCCGGCACGCUCCACGAUCUUCAUGGCCACUUGACAAGAAUAUCGUGAGCGCAAGCAUACUGUAUGUGUGUGUGUGUACAUGCACUCGUUUAGCAGCAGCAACAGCAGCAGCAUAUAUCUUAAUCCACCAUCAGAUUGAAUUGGGCCCAGUUGAGCAAUGCGUACGGUGCGAAAUUUGUGUACGCGAAAAGGAAACCGGCUGACCGGCUGACAGUGAAGGCUAAAAUAAUAUACCGUCCGGCACAAAACACCACCAUGCGUCCGGAACUGUCGGCAGGGUUUGUCAUCGUGUGGCCCCCUUGGGCACCGUGUGUGAUAUAUCAUAUGCAUAGAAGCUUGAUCUUGGUUGAUUUUGACUUACUUUUGAGCGCGUGGCCACGCAAGCCAGCUUUGAGGGCGGUUUGGCAGCAACAUUUUUCAUGGGCGGACUGGUAGUCCAAUAAGAUAUGAUACGCCCUGGAGCCCUAUUUUAACGGAGUUAUGUAAUGGGUCGGUUGCAUUGUACUACGAAUGCAUUUUUAUACUAUGUAAGGGCUGUUAAUUGCAAUCAUUUGGUAGACAAUUUAAAUUUGCAUAUACAACAAUAUUAAAUGUUAAUAGUAAUAGAGUCCGAAUUAGGACAUUAGAAAAUAAAAUUGAUUGCACUCUGCCUUCCACGUGGCGUCCAAAGAGGAUCACAUUUCAAGACAGCUGGCCCUAUUUUCUCUCUUCCUGCAUCGCUUGACCUACUACUACUACUGCAGUGGAAAAAAAUGUGCAUCUGUCUCCAAAAGUGCACCGUAUCAGCCUACUCAACCGGUCCCGCCGAACAGCUCUUGGUCAGCUUUUCGUUGGUCUAGGUCGUCGGCAUGCUGUGCUUCGCGGUCGUGGAAUUAGCAUGAAGUCGACGGUCAUUCGAUGCCAAUCGGCCCCUUUCCGAAUACGAAUCGCUGCACCACUGUACCAUUUCACACGUUGGAGUGUAAAGCAGCCCGCAAAAGCGUGACAACCAGAAGUUACUGGACCAGUGCAGGCGCAGUCAGUGACGAUGAUGGUGAUGUUGAUGAUCGAUCGUGGAAUUUGCAUGAAAAUGCGCUCCGGAUUGCGUCUGCAUCUUUGCAGUGCAGCACUUUAUUUUGAGUCGAACGCCUCGAGUUUUCGUAAUCUUUCUUGUUUGUUUUAGUGUGCCGAAUGGAGGGAGGGUUUGAAGCUCGGUAGCUUACUUUUCCACGUGCUGUGUUGAUUUGUUCGACCGAGAGAUAGAGACGGAUAGACAUUGGAAUAUUGAUUAGGAUUAGGCAGACGAUUUCAGUGUUUCGGUUUGUUUGGCCUUUUUUUUCGCAGGCGAUCGUUAAAAUUUAAGCAAUUGCCUUGACAGUCUUUUAUUGUAUUUUACGAUUUGUUCAUUUUGUGAUAAGAUUUCUAUUUGUUGUUAUCAAUUUAUUUAUUUGUUAUUACGUUUUUUUUAAUCUCUCUUUAGUAGUUUGUUGUACUUUCUUUAACACAUUUUGCAUAGUUUUACAUAGUUACUCAAUUUUUUGAAACAGUCCAUUAAACAUGGCAAUUCUUGCUAGCGCUCUAAUGAACAGAUUAAGACACCAUUGGGGCAGAAUUCACCACAACUGCUAACAGUACAGCUUCCAGCAGUUUCAUCCACAUCGUACCAUACCAAAGGUACCCCUUUUCCAGCAUGAAUAUCUUAAAACAAACAUACGGCCUUUUUUCCCGAGCAUUACCCACUUACAGGUCGCGCGCGCAAGAGGCGCAACCCCCAAGACACCCCAAUUAUGGAAGGUGAGAGAGCAGCAACACAACGGCAACAACUAAAAACCACAUCCAUUACUGUUUUAUUUCUCAGCGAUUAGCAGCUUGGAAGAAGAAGGGAAAAACAAUUAUUCGUAUGAGAACAAGAUCGCACUGGGCGAUAGUAGUUAGUAAGGGGGAAGGGUCGGUGAGGUGCAAUCAGACAAAUAGUCGAGUGCGGCAUAUUGCACCCAACACCGCAUUCAAGGCAUCUCACAGCCAAGUCAGGGGAAGUGUGUGUCAAGUCUCAGUUUUGUUUUCUACGCGAUUCGAAGCGAUGAAGCCUAGCUUCCGAAGUGGCAGCAGACAGCUGAUAUGCAAAGCCGUCAAGUCAGACAUACAUUUGCGGGUGGUAGGUGCUUAACUAAUUCCGUGCUGACAGUGGGAACCGAAAAUGCAGUCAAGGUGUUUGCUGGCAGUGAAGCUUACCUGGUGGUUGGUGGUGUCGGUGCCCACCGUAGCGCUCCCCGCCUGUAGAGCCGUAGCGAUAGAAUCACCCGAGCCGGCCUCACUGUUGCGACCUCGGGACGUAAAUCCACACCCGUACCAGAACGCCUACGAGGGGAUCGCCAUCUUCGACCGGAACCUCAUUACCAAUGGCGAGAAAUUUACCGAAAAUCUUCUCAACCAAGGUCCGAUACAGUUCCCACGGUUGCGGGAAGGAAACGCCGUUAACGCGCUGCCCUAUCCGUACGAGGCGCUCGCCCUCAAGGAACGUCAGCACAAGAUGGUACGGUUUUCCGGUGCCGAUAGCCAGACGGUGAAGCCGGCAUACCAGGCGUUGGCCAAACACGCGGCACGGGUACUCGGCAAAAGCUACGCCGUCGAGGAUAUCGAUAGCUACAACGAAGCGUCCUCGAACGUGAAGAAGAACUACGUGUUUUCGUACGCCGUCAAAGAUACGGCUUCGGGCGAUGAUUUUUCGCACACGCAGCAACAGCAGCAGGACGGUGCAGUCAAAGGCAGCUACAAGGUGCAGCUGCCGGACGGGCGUAUGCAGAUCGUCAAGUACAUCGCCGACAACAAUGGCUACCGGGCGGAUGUUACCUACGAAAACGAACCGGGCGGCGUUGUGGUCGCCCAACCCAGCGGACCAGUCGUACCGGUAGCUGCGGCCCACCCCAACCAGGCCACCUAUCAGACGUACUACACGAACGCACCUGUCCAACAGCAGCACCAGCAGCAGCAGCAGUACCUCGCCCAAAUCCGACCAGCUCGUCUGUACUACGCAGCACCGAACGCGAACCAAAUUCCCGCACCUUUCUACCCAACGCAAUUGCGUCCAAGUGAUGUGAAGAUCCACAGCUACAACACGGCACCACAUGCCGGUGCGGUGAUCGCUUCCACCACCACGCAAGCCACCCCACCAUCAUCUGGCGCAUACCUGGCCACCUUUCCAGCAUCCGGCAACCUGGCGUACAUUGCGACAUCAUCCGCCAACGGACCGAUUGGUACGGUACAGCUCCAAACGAACGCUGGUGGUGGAGGUGCCGGCACGAUCGCAGUCCCCGUGACAGCGAUCCCGCUGACGGCGUACCGUGACAUCAACGUACCACCACCACCGCCCGUCCAACCGAUCGGUGUAGCAUUCGCUUCGGCCGGUCGGCGUACGACGGUUUACGCGGACAUGCCCCAAGGCAGACUGCAGCAAACGACGAUCUACCAGCAGCAGCCGGCACGCGGCCAGCAGCAAGCGCUAGACUAUGGAUACGUGCAGAUUCCUGUUGACAAUCGGGUGUACAAACGGGACACGGAUCGCAGUACGGAGGUGGUAGCCGCCGGUCAACAAAAGCACCCCAAAAGGGAACCGCAGAAGGCGCGAAAUCAGGCGAAGCGCAAGCAGCCAGAGCGCAAAGCGAUGUAGU